UGAUGCGGGGCUCGAACUCACGGACCGCAAGAUCGUGACCUGGCUGAAGUCGGACGCUUAACCCACUGCGCCACCCAGGCGCCCCAUCAUGGAACUUCUUAAAACACAGACAUGAAACAAAUUCAUUCAUUAAAUAUAUACCGAGCCCUUUCUAUAUGUUAGGCACUCUUCUAAGUGCUAGGGAUACAGUAAUGACCAAAACAGGACAAAUCUUUGAAUUUACAUCCCAGUGGAAGAGAAAGUUGAUAAUAAAUGUAUUAUAAAAUACCAGGUGCUGGUAAGUGUUGUAAGGACAAAGCAAAGUAAUAAGACAAAGAUUGACUGCAGGGGAUAGGGAAAAGUUGAGGGAGGUUGGGAAGACCUCUCUUACAUACCCUAUUUAAAAAAAAUUUUUUUUUUACAAUUGUAGCAAGCAUAAUAAAGGAGAAACAAAUGUAAAAAAGGAAAUUGCAGUGGCAGAAUGAAGAGUAAGGCCUUCCCUGAGGAAAUGACCCUUGAGCUGAGACCUUAGUGUUCUUAACAGGAUAGGCAAGGAAAGAGGAACAAAGAUGAUGGGUAGAUUGGUGAGUAAUGGAGUUGGUGGGAGGAGUUACAGUUCACUUCCCCUCACUGGACCAAAGUUUCCUCACCUAUAAAGAGAGGACAUUGGGUUCUAUGAACUCCAAUGAGUCCUUCAAAUCAGAAAGGCAUAGGUCCAUGCUUGACCUAUGCUUGACCUGAACGAGUACAGGAUCUUUGUGAGUUUCUCUUUCCCUCUUUCCCAUUGGAUUUUUCUGUUAUAUGGAACUCCAUCCAAGAGCAUCUUCUAUUAUGAGUGGGCUCACUCUGAGUAAGUUUGUUGAUGACUCUUUGACUCAUAUAUUCAGCCCAAAUAUAUUUCCUGAACUUCAUGACCCAAAUUCCUAGUGCCUCCUGGACACACCCUCACUGUCCCACAAGGCUCGUCAAACAACGUAUUCAAAACUGUGUUUAUUAUCUUUGCCUCAAACAUGUUCCUUUCCCUGGAUCACCUAUUUCAGUGAAUGGGACCCCUCAGUCACCAAAGGCAGAAACCUGAGAAUCAAUUGUUUAUUUACUUUCUUUCACCCUAACCAACAAAUUGGUAAUGACAUCCUUUAGAAUUCAUCUCAGUGAUAUCUCUUAAAUCUGCCUCCUCUUGUCUGCCCUCACUGUUGCAACCUCUGUUAACCCUUUAUCAUCUCUGACCAGGCUUACUGCUAUACUCUACCAAUUCUCCUUCCACAGAAUGUUUGCAGGGAUAAUGAUCUCAUCUCCUUCAAAUCCUUGUUUGAGUGACACUGUCUCAGUUUCUCCUCUCCUGACCACUCGAUUUAAAUUGUGUACCUCACCGCCCUCCUCUACCCCCUCGUUAACAAUCUCUGUUUCCAUGAUCUAUUAUUUUACAUAGCACAUAGCACCUUCUAACACAUUAUGUUUAAUUGUUAGGUCUAUUAUUUAUCUUCUGAGUUUCCUAACUAGAAUGUAAGCUCUGUGAAGCUUACAUUACAAAUUUUUGUAAUGGCACACCCUAACAGUCUAGAACUCUACAUGGCACAUAGUAGAUACUCAGUAAAUACCUACUGAAAGGAUGAGCUAAUUGCCCUAACUAUAUGCUCCAUGACCUUCUGCUCAUCUUCCACAUUUCUGUAGGGUUAAUGCUUCUAAACUGCCAAUUUGAUCACAUGACCUUCAUGCUUGGCACCACAUGUCCCUGUGUAUCCUCCUGCACCCACUCAUUCUGAGAUAAUGAAGUUCUUCAGAGAAGCACUAUUAUUUUAUGCCUCCCUAUAUCUGAUAAUACCAUUUCCUUUGCCUAGAACACUAUCUUCUACUUUGUCUACUUAGUGGAGUAAAUAUCAGUCAAACUGUCUUAAGCAUUACUUCUUUGUUUAACAGGUCAUCCAGAGAUAAUUGAUUCACGUUUUUGCCAUUGCUGUAUCCUGUGCAUUAUGUUAUUACAGCCUUUAUUUUGCUUCUUUAUAUGUCUAUCUGCCUCUGUUAAAUCCUAAGCCCUUUUGAGGGCAGGAAUCAUGUCUGAAGCAAUUUUGUAUUCUCAGGAUCUGGUACAGAGCCCAGCACUAGGAUGCUUAUUCAAAAUUUCCUGAAUAAAUGGGUAUUAAAGUUCAAAGAAGCAGUUACAGAGGAGGCACUUUGGAAUGCUGCAUGUCACCAGAAUUGAAGUAAUAAUGAGUGUGACCCAGAAGGAAACUCCUUGGUCUCAUAGAUUUUUAUUUAUACCUUUAAGCUGGAAGUCACAUUUUUUUUUUAAUAAGAGAGGCAGUCUUAUUCAUCUGAAAUGACUCAGCUACAUUAUGUUUUCUUCCAGGGCCAGUAACUUUAAUCAUGAAAAAUCUCACCAUCGUUACCGAGUUUGUCCUCAUGGGAUUGUCCAGAAAUCCCCAGAUCCAGACCAUCCUUUUUGCACUAUUUCUGGUGAUUUACCUCUUGACCCUAAUGGGGAAUGUGAUGAUGAUCCUGGUGAUCAGAACUGAUUCUCACCUUAAGACACCCAUGUACUUCUUCCUAGGUCACCUGUCAUUUCUAGAUCUCUGUCUUUCUUCAGUAACCAUGCCCAAGAUGCUGCAGAACUUACUAAUGCAGAAGAAAACCGUAUCUGUGUGGGGCUGUGUGACCCAGAGUUUCUUUCUCAUAUUCUCUGGGAGCACAGAGGCCUGCCUACUCUCUGCCAUGGCAUAUGACCGCUAUGCUGCCAUCUGCCACCCUCUCCUCUACAGCAUGGUUAUGAAUAGGCCUUUUUGUGUUGGGAUGAUAACUGCAGCAUGGGCAGUGGGGUUCCUAAACUCCUUGCCAAACAGUCUUUUCACUUACAACUUACAUUUCUGUGGCCCCAAUAUCAUCCCUCACUUUUGCUGUGAGCUGCCUUCACUCUUCCCUCUCUCCUGCACUGACCCUACUGCCAAUGAGGCCCUUCUUGCUGGGUCAUGUGCACUGUUGGGAUUUGUGACACUUCCCCUGAUCCUCUUCUCUUAUUCCAGAAUCAUCUCUGCCAUCCUAAGCAUACGUUCUUCUGAGGGUCAAGGCAAAGCCUUCUCUACCUGUUCUUCCCACCUUACUGUGGUGCUUUUGUAUUAUGGCACAGCUUUAUUCAGAUACAUGACUCCCCUCUCCGGCUCCAAGUUGGAACAAGUGGUCUCCAUUCAGUACAGUGUGAUCACAUCCUUGCUGAACCCCAUCAUCUACAGCCUCAAGAACCAGGAGGUGAAGGCAGCUCUGUAUAAAAUGUUGAAGCAAUAAAUGUGUCCUUCUGUGAUGGAGAAUUCCUAUUGUAUUUGGCUUGAAGACAGUGAGAAAACAGGUGAUGAAAUACAUUCAUAAUGGCUAACUUGAUCACUUUAAGAAUAUGCCAUUUGAUGAAAAUAACCUCUUGGUAAUAGAGGUUUAAGUGUGUGAUUGCUUAUUUUAUUGUAUUUGGCAAGAAAAUUAAGUGAAGACUGAGAAAAAAGUACUAGAAUGGAGUAGUGUAGACAAACUAAGUCCAAAUAUGUUUUUUUUGUCCAAGAGUUUUAGGAUAGAGUUGAGUGUUUUUUUUUUUAAGAUAGGAGUGUAAAAUGUACUUCAAAGUGGAAAGUGGUUACUAAUUGAAUAUGGUACUGAAAGAAGUUUGCUUCAUCCACCUAACCUUGAGUAGCCUAAAAAACUGAUAUGCCUAGUUGCCAGAAAGCAAAGACACAGGUUGGUGGGGACCUGCCCUAGCCCAUUCAAGGGGGAAAAUAGUUUUUCAGGUGUUCUGGUGGUGACUAGGGUCUGGGAUGAGAUCUAGCUCUUUGGUGACUUGUUGGAACCCAAAAAAUAGAAUGACUAUGGUCUCACAAAAUGAUGUUUUCAUUCAGCCUUGAGGCUGUCAAGCCAAUUAGUUCAUUCAGUAUUUCAUGGCCUCAUUAAACCAACCCCUUCUGAGUCCAGUGCCCAUUACUGCUUUGACAUAUAUUCAGUCAAAUAAAUUAAUUUCUUGUCACAAAAGAUUCAUGGAGUGGGCAUGGAUUGCAAGAACAUUGUUAAAAUGUCAAUACUACCCAAAGCAAUCUACACAUUUAAUGCAAUCCCUAUCAAAAUUCCCACCAGCAUUUUUCACAGAACUAGAACAAACAAUCCAAAAAUUCGUAUGGAACAGCAAAAGACCCCCAAUUACCCAAAGCAACCUUGAAAAAGAAAAUUAAAACUGGAGAGGUCACAAUUCCGGAUUUCAAGCUAUGUUAUGAAGCUGUAGUGAUCAAGACAGUAUGGUACUGGCACAGAAACAAACACAUAGAUCAGUGGAGCAGAUAGAAAACCCAGAAAUGGACCCA